GUUCAAUUUUCUUCAUUCUUCCGGCUUGCUUUGUGAUCUCGAAGAAAUCUUCAAAAUUCUUGCGAAAAUUUAAAUAAAAAGCGUUUUUUGGAAACGAAAACGAGUGAAAAUGAAUGGUAGAGUAAGGAAAUGCGUAGUACCUGGAUGUUGGACCAGGACAAGUGGAUUCAAGAGAGCUGGAAGAACCAAAGUAAGCUUCCACAGAAUGCCCUUGAACGACACAGUAUUGACCAUAAGGUGGCUAUAUCAUCUGGGAAUGGAUAUAAACGCUGAUAAUAUGAGUGGACGAGUUUGCGGUGGACACUUUGCGAAGGAAAGCUUCUACCCCAGAUCUAGAAAACUGCGUCCAGGUGCUGUUCCAAAGCCAUUCCAGAUCAAUCGAGGAGCAGCAGCUGCAAAUGAUGAAGAUCAUGACAUGUCAGAUGAUGAUUGGAUUGAUAUCGAGGACGAGCCCUUCAAGCUCCCAAACUUCCUCACAAACAGCACGCCAAAAGUAACGUGCCCCAGGAAUAAUCCUUUUGCAAAAUCAGUGGCUAUUUUUACUUCCUCAAGUAGUGAAGGCAGUGAUUCGACUGAUUCUGAUAGUGACAGAUCGGAAUUGCCUGAAGUUCCGCUUCUUCGGGUCUUUCCACCUGAUUUUCCCAUGGAUCUCCUUGAUUUUGCUAAUCUUCCAAUCAUGACACGUAACGAUGAGACACUUUCCUCAGAAUAUGAGUCCGAUGAGUUGAUGGAUUGCAGCGAUGAAGGGGCAUCUAUUGAAGCUCCACUUUUAAGUGCAAACUUCCCACCCUCAGGGAUUCCUUCUGACUCGGAAAAGAAUCAGCAGGAACAGACAAAAGGAGCAUCAAAUGCUUCCGCAAUGGAGAAACCAGAAAUCAGCGCUGAAGACUUGAUUAGUGAACUCUCCCAGGAGAAUCUGAUUGACUACAAUUCAAGAAUGAUGUUUGAGUACUUCCCCGAUGAUACUUCCUCCCCACUGCCACAGUACUCAGAAGAUUCAGAAGAUUAUGAUGAAGAAAUGGAGAAGUUUGCCGUGUUCCUCAACUACUACGCCCCACGGGGAUAUGACUACGCGGAGAAGAAAUAUGGUGUUGUACCACCAAAGGCAAUUGUAGCAGGUUGGUAUGUUACCAAUGACUUCAUGCCGGGAUUCAGUAAGGAGUCCUUCGAAGCUAUCGCUGCUGAACAAAAAUCAUCUCCAACGCAAGUGUUUGUCCACAUUCUCUUUGACGAAUUGCGCGUUGAGCACGACAAGAUGGCCUGUGAUGAAUUGGAGUACAUCAACUUCGGACAGGGUAGUCUUGAUGAUGAUAUGUGCGUUGUUAAGAGAGUUUUUGUUUUUAUCGCUUCAAGCGUGACCAAACGAUGGAAGAUUCCCCUUGGAUUCCUGGCCUGCGAUGAAAUGGGCUCAGAUAAAGAAAUUGUCGCGAAUUUGAUUGAAAUUUGCACCAUACUCCUGCUGAAGACGGGUGUAAAGGUGACAGGAGUAACAAUGCCAUUGGACGAAAAUAUUCCUGCUUUUACAGCACUCGGAUGCAAGUUCCAGUACCCCCAUGCUAAGAGCAAUUUUUCCCUUUUGGACCAGGAAAUGGUAUUCUUCCCGGAUCCGGCAGAUGUGUUGGAAAUCAUAAGAUUUUCCUUUCAACACUACGGUCCAUUCAUUGAUGGGGAUGGAAAUGAGAUUGAAUGGAUGUACUUGGAUAAUCUGUUGAAGCUUCAGGAGAAGGAGGGUGCGGAGUUGUGCAAGAAGACUCGUGCGGCACAAAUGUACCUCACAAGGAAGAAGAUUCAGACAAAACUUGCCGUCUACACCAUGCACAAAUCCGUUGCGGAUGCCCUUGAAUACUUUGAGGACAAACUAAAAUUGCCUGAGUUUAAGGGAGCGUGUGCUACGGCAAAUUUCGUGCGUAUCAUUGCUCAAUCAAUGGAGCUCCUCAAUGGCCGUUGGAAUGGAGAGAAGAUUUUCUCUUCAGAGAAUUCAAUGGCAAUUCAAGCAUUCAUCAUUACGGUGUGCACGUACAUUCGUUCCAUGCGUUUGCGAAAGGGCGUGCGUUUGCUGAAAUCGCAGCAGAAUACGGGAUUCAUUGGAUUGGUAUUUGCUCUGAGGAGUCUCCCGAUAAUCUACGUUAAUGCUGUUCAUGAGCAUGGUCUGCCGUUCAUUCGUUUGGACAGCUUCACGAAGGAUCCGCUCGAAUUGCUCUUUUCGAUUGGCCGAUCAAAUACUUACUUUGUACGCAUCAGGAAGUUCUACAACAACUACAAGGAUCUCUCAGUGCAUUGGCUGAGGAGGGAUAGAAAGAGUGGAGAAAUCGUUCCAGCUGAUUGGUUCAGUGCCCUUCACGCGCAAACAACUAAAGCAGCAAAAGCCAUCAAUUAUUCCGACAGAUACUUCAAAUUUUCAACAAGAUGCGUCGAACUGCCUGCGGAGGAGAGUCCAACUAAUGACUUCUGGGACAACUUUGAGGCACUCUUCAGGCUACCAAAGGCGAGUGAGUACAGGAAGAAUGUUAUGCGCUACAUUGGAGGAUUCAUUGGGCAUUUGCUUCGAAAUAAACUCAAAUGCUUGGAUUGCGGUUCAGCCCUAACUGGCUCAUACCAUGGCUACCGUAUUAUGUGGCAGAAGAAGUGGCAGACAAUUAAGUACCCAAAUAAGGCAAUUGAAGAGAUCUGCUGGCUAACUGAGAGAAUGAUCAACACUUAUGGAUUUGAUGCAGAGAAGAAGUCAAAGAGGAUUUCCAUGUUGGUGGAGAGAGAAAUGAUUGAUAGCGAUAUUUUUGCAUCUCAAGAUGUUUCUCAUGACGUCCAGCACAGGCUUCUGCUGAUUCGAGCUGUGUGUGAGCUGUAUUAUGAUAUAAGGCGCUACUAUGAUGACAGGGAUGGACCAAACGCAACCAAUAAGCAAGGCAGGAAGCCAAUUCAUCGUGGCAGGAAGUUCUAAAAACUCAAAGAUUUCCAAUGAAGUGUUCUGAAUUUAUUGACAAAGGAUUUUAUCCUGAUUUAAGAGAUCUUCUUCGUGUUAAAUAACUAUUGAAUUUAUGAAUCAUCUUUGAAGUAAAAAUCUUAAUAAAUGGAAUUUUUAUUUUUCUGGAAUAAAA